UACCUGUUUCCCGGUCCAUCGCUGUCCUCACCGUCUUCUCUUCCCAGCACCAGCAUCUUUAGUAUGCGCACCCAGCUCCGGGUGCCCACUGCACAUGCGCAAGAAGUGCUGAGCUUUGUGAAUGGUCCGGCGGUCUUCUGGGACCUGUCAUGUGUCCCGGAAGACAAGGAGGGAGGACAACUCUGCGGAAGUGGAAGUGGGUACCUGUCAUAUUUGGGUACCCGCUCCCCCUCCCCAGUCUCUACAGUCUCUGGUCAUCCCCGCUACUGUGUCCGCAGUCUCUGGUCAUCCCCUGUACUAUAUCUGCAGUCUCUGGUCAUCUCCUGUACUAUGUCCGCAGUCUCUGGUCAUCUCCUGUACUAUGUCCGCAGUCUCUGGUCAUCUCCUGUACUA